AUGUCGCCCCACCAGCCUCGCGUCGUGUCCCUGCUGCCUUCAGCAACAGAGAUCGUCUGCGCCGCCGGCGGCGAGGCGCUGCUUGUCGGCCGCAGCCACGAGUGCGACUGGCCGCCGGGCGUCCGUGACCGGCCGGUGCUGACAGCCGCGCGCACCAAAUUCGUGGACAGCCAGCAGAUGCACGAUGCGGUGGUGGAGACCCUCAAGAAAGACGGCGACGCAGGCAUGGGGCUGUACACCGUCGAUGCUGCCCUGAUGGAGGAGCUGGCCCCUCACAUUAUAGUGACUCAGUCGCUGUGCGAGGUAUGCUCUGUGGACAUGCGGCUGGUGGAGAAGUUGUGCGGGCAGCUGCGGCCACGCCCCAACAUCAUCAGCCUCAACCCCUUCUCCCUGGAUGAGGUUCUGCAGGACUGCCUGACCAUCGGCGCAGCGAUGGGCAAGGAGGAGGAGGCGGAGCGCGUUGUGGAGAGCCUUCGGGGCCGCGUGGACGCGGUGCUGGCGUUUGUGGCCUCUCAACCGCCGCUGGCGCGGCCCACAGUCGGCUGGAUGGAGUGGACGGAGCCCAUAUUCUGCGCAGGCCACUGGACGCCGCAGCUGAUCGGGAUGGCUGGGGGGCAGCACCCCCUGAACCCGCCAAAGGACGGCGCUGGUGCGGCGGCGUCUCGCGCCAUCCACAAUGAUGAGUUUGUGGCGUCGGACCCGGACUGGGUGGUGGUGGCGCCCUGCGGCUUCGACAUGGACCAGACCAAGAGGGAGCUCGCACGCAUCACGGGGCAGGACUGGUGGCGGGGCCUGAGAGCAGUGAGGGAGGGCCGUGUUGCCCUAGUAGACGGCAACCAGAUGUUCAACCGCCCGGGGCCGAGGCUGGUGGAAGGGCUUGAGUUCCUGGCGGGGCUGCUGCACGGCCGCCACGACCUCAUCCCGCAAGGUUUCCCCUGGGAGUGGUGGCGGCCGGCGGAGGACGAGGGGGCGCCUGCAACCGCGGUGGUGAACGGCGGCUCGGCCGUGGCUGGUGGCGUCGACGGCGCCGGGGCUUAG